AUGGCACCCCGCGCCCUCUACACAGCAACCCGCGCCCUGCGCACUUCCACCUCCACCCCCAUCUCCACCUCGCGCACACCUAUCACCACUCUCACGUCUUUCACCACGCGCCGCACCUUCAAGACUACACCCUCCCUGCGCAUCAAAGAAGACGCAGCGCGCACCCCCGAACAAGUCGAAGCCGCGAAACAAGAACAGCUCAAGGAGCAGGAAAAGGGCGAGGGCAGAUGGCGCGAGGACCUUGCUAGUCAUGGCGAGAGCAACAUUGCGGCGGAUAGGCAGCAGGUUGGUGAUCAUGAGGAGCAUAUGAAGGAACUGCAGCGGGAGGGGAAGGAGAAGGGGGAGAAGGGGGAGAUCGGAUACUCAAUGGACGAAAUGAAACUCAAGAAAAGGAAGCAGUAG